CUUUAGUUUCUGUUUUCCGCUUAGGGUGAAGAUCCUAUUAUCUAAGAUAGGAUGAUUAAGAUACCUUUCGUUUUUAUAUCAUAAAACCAGCGGAAGGUGCCAAAAUCGUUGACAAACGCGCAAAGAAGUGGUCGUACUCUGUAUUUCGAAGCUGCGGCCGCUUCACGUAACGGUGUUUUGCAAUCCGGUAUGACGGGUAGCAGCCGGAGCUGACGAGAGAGUUGUAACUGUAACAGGAGCACGUCUGUAACCUACGGCCGCGUAUAACAUGGCCCUGACCAUGAGUAUGACAGCAAUAACGCGCCCCAUGCGUUCGUUGCUGGGUAAAAAGUCGUCCCUUCGCAAGUUGCGAUUGAACAACGAGCCCAGCAACCAUCUGCAGAAGAGAUGCGCAGCACACUUCACCUUCGUUCCCGAUACUGCACCCUCCUCGGAAGGAGAGACGGCGCGGAUGAACCUGUACCAGGCGGUCACCAACUCCCUGGACCUGGCACUAGCCCGUGAUCCAACCGCGGUAAUCUUUGGCGAAGACGUGGCCUUCGGUGGCGUGUUCCGCUGCACGGUCGGCCUCCAAGACAAGUAUGGCAAGCAGCGCGUCUUCAACACACCGCUCUGCGAGCAGGGCAUCGCGGGGUUCGGUAUCGGCCUCGCCGUGGCCGGAGCCACGGCCAUUGCCGAAAUGCAGUUUGCCGAUUACAUCUACCCGGCGUUCGACCAGCUAGUCAACGAGGCGGCCAAGUACCGCUACCGGUCCGGCGGCCUCUUCGACUGCGGAAAGCUCACGAUCCGGGCGCCUUCGGGCGCAGUGGGACACGGCGCCCUGUACCACUCACAGAGCCCCGAGGCCUUCUUCGCGCACGUGCCGGGUCUGCGCGUGGUCAUGCCCCGGGGCCCCAUCCAGGCCAAGGGCCUGCUCACGGCGUGCAUCCAGGACCCGAACCCGUGCAUAUUCUUCGAGCCCAAGAUCCUGUACCGGUUGGCGGUGGAGCAGGUGCCGCUAAAGGACUUCUCGCUUCCGCUCGGCAAGGCCCAGGUGCUCCAGGAAGGCCAUGACCUGACGCUACUGGCGUGGGGCACUCAGGUGCAUGUGCUGCGUGAGGUUGCUCAGCUGGCGCAGGACAGGCUCAACGUGUCCUGCGAACUCAUUGACCUGUGCACCCUCACCCCGUGGGACAAGGAGACAGUGGCCAAUUCGGUGUGCAAGACUGGACGUCUCUUGGUGGCUCAUGAGGCUCCAUUGACGGCGGGAUUGGGAGCAGAGAUAGCUGCUACGAUUCAGAGUGAAUGCUUCCUGAACCUAGAGGCCCCGGUGCAGAGGGUUACUGGCUUCGACACCCCUUUCCCACACAUCUUUGAGCCCUUCUACCUGCCAGACAAGUGGCGUUGCUUCGAGGCUGUAAAGAAACUACUCAACUACUAGGAACUGCAUUAUCAAAGGGAAAGAAACAGGAGAAAAAUAUUUGAGAAGCAAUGUGCAUCUAGAUUUAUGUUUUAUUCUUUGUGAUUCGUCCACUUUAGUGCACCAUUAAGAGCCAAGUGGAUGCCCCCGUCACAUUGCGAGCACUGUUCUGUCAGCGAGCAAACUCUGUCUAGUAUAUCAUUGGCCAUUGUGUAGUUUAUCUCGUGGCAUGGCAGUAAAUAAGCUACGGAGGUAAAUAAAAGUAAUAUGUUUUGGGUCA